GGCGUGUGGCGAUCCCGGCCGUGUCGAGCGCUGCCCGGGCGGGAGCAGCGGAGCGCGCGACAGCGGCGGCGACGGCCCCGGCAGCGGCUUCCACCGCGGCGGCGGCCGGGGGCGGGAGGAAGGAGACCCUGGCUUCCCAGUGGGCCCGGCCGGGGCAGACGCGAGGGGCCUGGGGGGGCGCUGGCUUUGGCCCCGCCUGGGGCAGGAUGGUGAAUCUGGAACCCAUGCACCCAGAUAUCAAGAUGAGUGGGGAUGUAGCGGAUUCCACGGAUGCUCGAAGUGCCCUCAGCCAGGUGGAGACAGGGAAAUUGAAGGCUACGGAGAUUAAGCCACUUGCCCAAAGUCCGGCGUAAAACAGCCUUUGAAGUAACCCUCGAGCUCAGGUUCCCGAGUGUUCUCUGUACAGAACGCUGACCAUUAGGCAACACCUUCCAGUGCCUUGGAGGAAUCUCAAGUAACAAAAAAGGAAAUAAUCGAAAUGGCCUAGAUUUCAACAGGCAGAUUAAAACUGAGGACCUCAGUGACUCCUUGCAGCAGACCCUCUCGCAUCGGCCAUGUCACCUGAGUCAAGGACCUGCCAUGAUGUCUGGAAACCAAAUGUCUGGGGACAUGACCUCCCUCCAUCCGCUCCAGCAGCUCGUGCUGGUUCCUGGCCACCUCCAGUCCGUAUCCCAGUUCCUGCUAUCCCAGACCCAAUCUGGGCAACAAGGUCUGCAGCCAAAUCUUCUCCCCUUUCCGCAGCAACAGAGCUCUCUCCUCCUCCCGCAGACCGGGCCUGGCCUGGCGUCCCAGGCAAUUGGGCGCCCCGGGCUGCCGGGAUCUUCUUUAGACCCCCAUCUGGAAGCGUCCCCACAUCUCCCAGCGCCGAAGCAUCUACCCAGCUCUGGAGGGACAGAUGAGCCCAGUGACCUGGAAGAGCUGGAGAAGUUUGCCAAGACCUUCAAGCAGAGGCGCAUUAAGCUGGGUUUCACACAGGGAGAUGUGGGGCUGGCGAUGGGAAAACUGUACGGUAAUGACUUCAGCCAGACCACCAUCUCACGAUUUGAGGCCCUCAAUCUGAGCUUCAAGAACAUGUGCAAGCUCAAGCCACUGCUGGAGAAAUGGCUGCACGAUGCAGAAACCUCUCCAUCGGACCCCUCGGGGAGCACCCCCAGCUCUUUCCCCACCCUCAGUGAAGUGUUUGGUAGGAAGAGGAAGAAACGGACCAGCAUCGAGACCAAUAUCCGCCUGACUCUGGAGAAGAGAUUUCAAGAUAACCCCAAACCCAGCUCAGAAGAGAUCUCCAUGAUUGCAGAGCAGUUGUCCAUGGAGAAGGAGGUGGUGAGAGUCUGGUUCUGCAAUCGACGUCAGAAGGAGAAGCGAAUCAACUGUCCCGUGACCACACCCAUCAAAUCUCCCAUCUACAACUCCCGCUUGGUCUCUCCCUCUGGGUCUCUGGGCCCCCUCUCUGUCCCUCCUGUCCACAGCACCAUGCCUGGAACAGGAAUGUCAUCCUGUUCCCCUGGGAACAACAGCGGGCCUUCGUCUCCCGGCUCCGGACUCCACGCCAACAGCCCCACUGCAUCUCAAAAUAACUCCAAAGCGGCAAUGAGCGCCUCCGGUUUUAACUCUUCGGGAUCUUGGUACCGAUGGAAUCAUCCCACCUACCUCCACUGAGACCAAAAAGUUUCUCCGAAUCCACCUGGCCCUGUAUUCCCCACUGGAAGGAAGGGAAUCACGCCUUCUGUGUAUGGACAGCUUACGGUCAGCAGAGUGAAAGAGAAUCCCCACUGUCAACCCAAACUCUUGCUUCUUCAGGAGCGAGGGCCCCCAGAGAUCUAAACUGUGAUUGAAGCAUGUGCGGACUCCUAGUGCUCUUGAAACAUAUGCCCCUCCUCGCUGUUUACCAUUCUCACCUUCCUUCCCCGUGCUCCUAUCUCCUAGUUCUAAAUAUCUCAGACGGCUUCACUGUGGCAGUAGUCUCUCGGAGAAAGGACAUCUUGCCACGAUUUCCCAAUGCAUCCGUGGGCCUCUCGGGGACAGACGUUUGCCUGGUGUGCCAAACAACCGGAAGGAGAGAUGAUGGUUUUGACUCUGAACUUAGCCUCCACCUCUGAACCGAUUCUAAAAUCUGUGAAAAGAUUUGAAUCCGAUGUCUCCACCAAAGACUUGAUGUUUUCUCCGUUCAGCAAACUUUUCUGACUGAAUCUUCAUUUCACCCCAUUUUCUCUUUAGCCCCCUUUUCUAGAACCAAGAUCCAGUCGUGAUUGCCUUCUCCAGGUUCUCUCUUCUUUACAGAAGGCUGAGCCACCCUCAGCCCCCGGGGCAUGUUUCUCUGCCCACAGGUGCUCUUCUGUUUGCUAUACCUGCCCCGGAGCUCAGGAGUGCUUACUCCUUCUCUCCCUCCCCGUCCUUACCUGGGUCCCCUCUCUCCCUCCCCGCCCCCCACCCCCGGCUGCAGAAGAAAGGACACAAAAGCAAAUACGUAAGUUAUGUUGGCAAAAUACCUGUAUAUAGCCCUCUCCAGUUUUUGCAAUGACGUUCUCUCCUUAAUGUGGAAUUUUCCAACAAAAUGUUUAACUCAGGUGUGAAUUUUGAAGAUAUCUCUGUAAUAUUUUAUCUUCUUUUUAAAAAAAAAAAAAGAAAAAGAAAGGAAAAAAAAUGCCAAAGUGUGAAAUACUGUGCUAGCUUCCACAAGAGUUCCCACAUGGGCUGGGAAUCUUUGUUGACUUCUCGGGAACAUUAUCUCUAGUCUCCUUCUUUGUGGGCCAGUGUGUAGAGAUGGAACAUGAAGCCAUUCCAGAGAUGGUAGCCUUUUUUUUUUUUUAAAGACUGUAUAUCCAAGAAAAUGUUGAGAUUCAAAGGAAUCUCUCUGUUCCUAAAUAAAUUUGUAUAGUUAUGAUAUAAAUGAUUCCACCGCUGAUAAGAAGAGGUUUAGAUUAUUGUUCUGUGUCUUUUGUUGAGGGGGAUAUGAGUGCGUAUAGUGCAAUGGGAUGGGGGAGCACUUGGCUGGCUCAGUAAGUGGAGGAGGCAACUCUUGAUCUCAGGGACAUGAGUUCAAGCCCCGCGCUGGGCGUAGAGAUUACUUACAAUAAGUGGGAUGGGGAAAAUGUUGCCAAUUGGUGCAUUAAGUCUGUUACUCCCCAGACCUGCUGCUGAAGAUGAUCUACAUUAAUACAGGGCUUUAAAGAGUUCAGAGUUCUUACUCUUUCUGACAGAGGAGGAGGAGGCUGGUUGCCUCAUUUUGUAAGGGGGAGGAUAGAAAGGGGGAGUUUUAAGGCCAAGUCAUUCAGACUUAAGAGGUGGAGGCAGAGGCUGAGGAGGCUCAUAUCCCAGAUAUCCUGAAGGUCAGUUAUUCAAUAUCCACAAUGGAAAGCAAUAGAUAUGAAAAACAAAGCAUAAUUCAACAAUCAAAUAUAGGUGGCCUUGGAAAUGCGCUGUGACUUUUGGUGAGGGGCUUGAGGGGCAAGCAAGCUCUCCUGGUGGUUUUUCUGAGGUUAAUAAAAAUUUCAAUCGUUACCAUGCCCGAGGUUGACAACUGACCUGUGCGAAAGGGAAGACCUUCUAACAGCUGAUGGGGAAAAACCAAAAUUGGGAUGAAACAUUUGUUGCAAAUAAUAUCCAAGUGGGGAAUCUAUAUGUGAAUAAUCAAGACUUAACUGUUUCUGAUGUUUGAAUGGGCCUUAUAGUAAGACUAAUCUUUCACGACACGAAGCUGGAGAAGAAAGCCUAUUGGUAGUAGUUACGGUCUCAAGAAAAGAUCCGGUUGGAAGUGGCUACAGCAAAGAGAGGCUAUGCAGCAAAGAGACAGCAAGAGGAACCUUCGGCGCUGACUUAAGUAUUUGAAAGGACCAUUCUGCCACCCACCAGCCCAUGUGUACAAAAGUGUGCAUACACACGCAGGCAUGUGUAUACUCUUUGUAUGCUCAUGGGUGCCAGAGCCAACCCUUUCUGUGGCCAUCCUGGCUACCAUGACAUCUUGUUCAGGUAAGUGCUGAAAGCCGAUAUCCUGCGCUGUCCACACUGAUGGUUUUCAUCCAUUUCACCUUUAAAAAAAAACUUUAUUUUUUUUUUAGAGCAGUUUUAGAUUUAGGUACAGAGAUUUCCCAUAUACCCCUGCCCCCUCACAUGCAUAGCCUCCCCCAUUAUGAACAUCACUCACCAGAAAGUCCUUUUUUUUUUUUUAAAACCAAGAAUGAACCUACAUUGGCCCAUAAUAAUCACACAAAGUUCACAGUUCAUCUUAGAGCUCACUCUUGGUGUUGCACAUGCUACAGGUUUGGACAAAAAUAUGAUACAUACCCACCAUUGUAAUAUACAGGGUAUUUGCACGGCCCUGAUUCUCAGUGCUCUACCUUUUCACCUCUCUGCUCCCUACACCCUUGCAACCACCGAUCUUUUUACUGUCUCUAAUAGCUUUGCAUUUUCCAGAAGGUCAUAUAGUUGGAAUCAUAGCACACACCCUUUCCAGAUUGGCUUCUUUCACUUAGCGGUGUGCAUUUAAAGUUCCUCCAUCUCUUCAUUCCCUUUUAGCACUGAAUAAAAAAUAUUCUGUUGUCUGGAUACACCACAGUUUGUUUAUCCUCCACCAAAGGACAUCUUGGUUGCUUCCAAGUUUUGGCAAUUAUGAAGAGAGCUGGGGGGCGCCUGGGUGGCUCAGUCGGUUAAGCGUCCGACUUCAGCUCAGUUCAUGAUCUCACGGUUCAUGAGUUCAAGCCCUGUGUCGGGUUCUGUGCUGACAGCUCAGAACCUGCUUCAGAUCCUCUGUCUCCCUGUCCCCCUCCCCUACUUGCACACUUUCUCUCUCUCUCAAAAAUAAGUAAACAUUAUUUAAAAAAAAGUUUUUUUAAAUAUGAAUAGAGCUGCUGUAAACAUCUGUGUGCAGGGGGCGUGGUGUGGACAGAAGUUUUCAAUUCCUUUGGGUAAAUGCCAGGGAACAUGAUUGCUGGGUCAUACGGUAAAAGUACAUUUAGUCUUGUAAGAAACCUCCACCCUGCCUCCCAACAGAACGUGGCUGUACCAUUUUGCAUUCCCACCAAACAAUGUGUGAGAGUUCCUGUGGCUCCAUAUCCUUGCCAGCAAGGUUUUGUCAAGCAUUCUGGAUCUUGGUCAUUCAAAUAGGCGUGUAAUAGUAUCUCAGUUAUCUUAAUCUGCAUUUUCCUGAGGACAUAGGGUGUGGAGCAGCUUUUCAUGCACUUAACUGCCAUGUGUAUGUAUGUAUUCUUUGGUGAGGGGUCUAGCGAGGCCUUUGGCCGACUUUUUCAUCAGGUUAUUUGUUUUCUUAUUGUUGAAUUUUAGGAGCUCUUUGUAUAUUUUGGAUAGCAGCCAUUUAUCAGCUGUGUCUUUUGCAAGUAUUUUCUCCCAGUUUGUGGCUUGUCUUCUAAUUCUCUUGGUAUUUGUCUUUCGCAGAGCAGAAGAUUUCAAUUUUAAUGAAGUCCAGCUUACCCAUUAUUUCUGUCCUGGGUUGUGUCUUUGUUGUUGUAUCUAAAAAGGCAGCACCAUACCCAGGGGCAUUUAGGUUUUCUUCAUCUAAGUGUCACCUUCCUGAAAUUUUAUAGUUUUGCAUUUUACAUGUGUGUCUGUGGUCCAUGUUGAGUUCAUUUUUGUGAAGGGUGUGAGGUCGGUGUCCAGUUGCCUUUUUUUUUUUUUUUUGCAUGUGGAUGUUCAAUAGUUCCAGUACUGUGUGUUAAAGGCACCAAUUUUUCUCCACUGUAUUGCCUUGGCUCCUUUGUCAAAGAUCAGUUGACUCCAUUUAUGGGGGUUUCUUUCUGGGCUCUCUAUUUGACCAUACUUUUUUAUGAAAGAAAUACAGAAUUGUAGCCUAACUUCUCAGCCUCCAGUAGCUUCCAUUGUCCAUUGUCUUGGACAAUUGUUCAGCACAGCCAACCCUGGAAGCAGGCACUGAUUUGCCUCUCACAGCCAUGUGAUUCCCUAAAUCCCAGUGAUGUUCAACCAAAGCUUGGUUAGCUUCUUCAGCGGCUAAUUAGGCACAAGAGAAUCGAAGGGCAAAACCCAGUCGUUGUCCAGGGGGAAAGAAAGAGAAGAAUUGCUCCUGCUCCUUUUCAAAUUUUCACACUUCAAUUUUUUGUUGACUCAAGACUGGUGGGCCCCACCGUAAGGCCUUUUGGUGCAACUCAGAGAAUGAGUUUAGUUUCAGGACUCAGAUGAGGAAUCCUGCCCUGAGCCCCCCCAGGUUUCGUGGCUCCGUGCCUCUCCUUCCCACACACUCUCCGUGUGCCUCUCAUAUCUCACGUACUGCAUUUGCUGACUCUUCUGCUUCUAGAC